CCAAUACUUUAUUUUUAGUUUUUAUAUAUUACACAUUUCCAUUAAGGGCGUUCCCAUGAGGCGUUAAUCACGACAGUCAACUAUCGUUCGUGACACUCACGAUUAGAUUAGAUUACUCUGGAUUUAUUUGCAGUAACAUUAGUUUCUAAUGCAGUUAUUUUCAGCAUAAUAUUUAUUUUCCAAACAAUUAUAGCCAUCCAAAACGUUAUUACUGCUGAUAGGUAUUCUCAUGGUAUUGCCAUUCACUUCUGUUAUCACGGCGAACAACUGUCCGAUUGUCUGAGUCUCGUAUUAUCGAUUAGAUCAUUAUUUUGUUAAUGAUACAAAUCGUUUUUUAUAAACCGUGGUAUAAUACUAGGUAUUUAUAUUAUAAAAAAUCUAGAUAGAACCAUUAUAGACUAUAUUACUAUAAUAGAAUAAUGCCACUAAACCUUGGCCACUACUAACCUAUUGCUCUCGUAAGUGCAAGCGAUUUAUGAUUACAAUUCACGAUUUCUAAUUUUCUGGUUAUGCUAACUGCUGAGAUUCUGAGAAUAUAUUAUUAUGUUCCUACUUAUCAGAAAUCAGUGUACUCCAUUUAAGUGUUCCGUGAAUUAUAACAGCAAUUUCCACUUCAUUUGAGGUAUGUUUCAUGACAAAUUUGCUACAAAAAUAUUUAGGAAAACAAAAUUGAGUAUUGUGUUAUAAUUUUUUCAACAUUAUUUUGAAUAAAAAUAUUAUUAUUUAAAACUUGUUUAGUUAUGUAUAAUAUUUUAUUUUAUUUUUAUCAUGAUCAAAUUUAUUAAAUCUACGACUAAAUAAAUAAAUAAUUGAGUCAUGAUUAUGAUGAUCACAGUAUUAUCAAAUGGGUUCAUUAAAAUAUUUUAUAAAUAUAUAACAUAUUUAUUAGGGUAAACCUGGAUUUUCUUUUUAAACAUUUUUUUUUCCUCAAAUCUUUAAUUAAUUUCUAGUGAUUACAAUCAUCAAAUUUUUCAAAGAUAGCUAUUAUAAAAACGGAAAUUAAAAUUUGAGAGAAUCUUUUUUUUUCACCUAGCAGAAUAUAAUAUGAGUAGAGCAAAACAAAGAAAAUCCUAGUCCAACCUAUAUAAUAUAAAUAUUAUUAUCAAACAAGCGUACCUACUGUAACAAAAACUAAUUGUUUAGAAUCCAUUAAAUAUGUUCCACAGACCUUUAGAAAACUUCAUAUAAGAACAUGCUAUAAUUUAUAACCAAGCACAAUUAUUUUACUUAUAUAUAUUGAAGUAUUUUACUUUCUAUACAUAAACCAGUAUAAGGAUGUGAGUUACUUUUAAAUGAGAGGUGGAGAAAAAAUAGAUCAUGAAAUACAUUGUUAGAUCCUUAAUAUUAUCAUAGUUUAUUUAUUCAUGGAUUUAUCGUGUUGGCCGUAGAAACUGUGGUAUUGAGUUCGUUAACGUCCAAUGUGCAAUUAAAUUUUAGGAUAGCAUAGCUAUUAAUUUAUAACCCUGAUAAAAGUGACAGGUUGCUACCCUCUGUCCUGUAAUCAUACAUAUCUCAACACAUAUAUAAUAUAUAAUGUUUAAAUAUUAUUCACGCAUAUAUUUAUUUAAUUGCAUUUUUGGUAAAAAUAAAUUCUUAAUUAAAAUGGCAUACAUCUUACUCAAAGAAAACAUAAUUAUAUAUAAAAUAAAUAAUAAUAAACCUAAAUGUAAUUUAUUAUGUAUUAUAUUCAAAUAGUUUUAUUAUAAUACAGGUUUGUGAAAUUAUAGAAACUAAUUACAUUUUAUAUUAAAGUGAUUGUGUUAAACAUAUCUAAUUAUUACUUAUAUUUACUAAUGACGUUUAUUAUAACUGGUUAUUUUAAACGCGCAUUGUCUUAAUGGUUCUCAAGCCCCUCCUAAGUAAAGAAAUGUAUAAUGUGUAAUUAUUAUUUUAUAACUAAUCAAUAUUUCAUUUAAUGCAUUAUUGAUAUUCAAUUAUUCAUACUAUUAACUUGUGUAUAUUUUCUAAUAGAUUAUAAAAUAUGAAGUUCAUUAUUAAAUCUUUGGCAACUUUACCUUUGCGUCGAUUUCUAUCAACUGUACCUAAACCAUUAAAUCCGGUACAAGAAGCUGCCCUCGAAGAACGUUGUAUUCUGGUCGACCAAUAUGACCAAGAGUGUGGUCAUGCUACUAAACGAGACUGUCAUCGAUUAGUAAAUGGACAAAUCCCAUUACACCGUGCAUUUAGUGUCUUUGUUUUCAAUACCAGAGAUGAACUCUUAUUACAGCAACGGUCAUCAACCAAAAUUACAUUCCCUGAUCAUUACACAAAUUCUUGUUGCAGCCAUCCACUGUAUGAAAUUGAACAUGAACGCAACAACUUAGAAGGUGCUAAAGCUGCUGCUUGUCGUAGACUCAUGUUUGAACUAGGUAUUCCUAAGAAUCAGUGUGAACCUAAAGACUUGCAAUACAUAACAAGAAUAAGGUAAGAAUAUUAUUUUUCAGAUUUAUUAUACCUACUAUUAAUGUUUUACUUAGGUAUAUGUCCGAAGGAGAUGGAAUUUGGGGCGAACAUGAAAUUGAUUACAUAUUUUUUUUACACAAAGAUGUUACAUUGGAUCCUAAUCCAGAUGAAGUAAAUACUGCAUUAUAUAUUCCCAAAACAAAAAUGAAUCAUUUCUUAAAAAAUUUAAAUCAUCCAAUUACACCAUGGUUUAAUUUAAUUGUUCAAAACGAAUUAACCAACUGGUGGGAUAAUCUAAGAUCACUGGAGAAAGUAAUGAAUCAUAAAAAUAUUAUAAACUAUUAAAUAAUUUUGGUUGGUAAGAAAUUUAAGUUUGUGCUGAAUUGACAAAUAUAAAUACACAAUUUGAACAAUUACAUAAUUAUAAUAAUAAUUAGUUUUAAUUAUAUUAUUUAAUAAUUAUUAAAUAUAUUUAUUAAAGGUUUUAAUUAUCUUGGUUUAUUUUAUUAAAAUAAACAUGAUUGGGUUGAAAAUAAUAAAUAUGGGUUCAAUAUUUUGUAUUAUAGAGAAAAAAAAAUCAAAUAUUAUAUUCUAAGCUACUUGUAACUUAUAUGUUGAUAGAUAUGUAUUGUUACUAAAUUUGAAUUGUGUAGUGAAAUAUUUUCUGUAAUUUUUUAUUGAAAAUAUAUAUUUUUAUCUAUAAAACUCUUAUUAUAUUUAUUUACUUAAGAAAAUAGUAAAGUUUAUAAUUAAAAAUAAUGUAUUGACAUUUUUUUUCUUAAGCGAUAACUUGUCACAGUAUUUGUUUUAUUUUAAUUCACAAAUUAAUUAUAAAUUAUAUUAUACACAAUGAAUAUCAAUAAAUAAUUAAUAUACAGUAAAACUUCUGUUAAGGGUCACUUUUUGGUCCUGUCAAGUGUUACAACUCUAUAGGAAAUCACUAAAGGAUGGACACCUCAAAAUAGUGGUCAUUAUUUUCGGUCCUUUCGGUGACUCUUAUAUGGAAGUUUUACUGUAUUUAAGUUUAGAUAAAUUUAUCCAGGUCAGAAAAAGAAGAACGAUUAAUUUAAAUAAAUAUUAUUUAUCAACUCCCCCUUUUCCUUCUAUCACUUAAGAGUAUAAUUUUAGAUUUAUUAUAAAUUAAAAUAAUUUAUUUUAUCUACUUUUAAUUAAUGGUUUGAAUACAAAUAAAUUAUUGCUAUUGAAAUAAGAGCGAAAAAUAAAAAUAAAUAGUUGACAUAACAAAUGAAAAAAAAAAAAGAAAAAAAUGUGUUAACUGUUUCCAGUCGCUAAAUUAAAAAAAAAAAAAAAAAAUGUAAUCCUAUGUGUUUAUUAUAAAUAAAUGUACCUUCUAUUCAGUGAUUUAAAUAAAGUUUAUAUUUUAAAAAUUAUUAAAUAACAAUUUUAACUAUUUAUAAACCAUUAUUGUACAAUAUUAUAAUUAUUUCCCAUUAAAAUAAAUAUGACAAAAGGUGAUUAAUUAAUAUUCAUUGUUCAUGUGUUAAAAAGUGUUACGAUUUUAAAAAUGUAUAAAAAGUUGAAGUAAAUUUAUUUUUAAAAACAAUGAACAAAAACCAUAUUGAAUAUUUAUAUAAUGUUUAAUUUCAUAAGAAAUAUUAACAAUGGCUAAGUCUAUAUACAAUGUAUUAACUAAGUUCUUCAACUCUUUUUAUUAAAUUUUGUUCUUAACAAAAUAUAAUGAUUAAUUCCAAUAUCACAAUAGAGAAAUAUCGCAUUUGAAACUCCAAAAGUGAUUCAAGCGAUUAGUUUAAUAAUUUAAGCGAUAAAUCGAUGUUAAAUUUAUUUAAACACCAAUAUUAUUAUUCAUUUUUGAAAUACAUAAAAAUAAAUUUGUGUAUAUAUAUAAAUAAUACAUAAAAUACUAUUUUUAAUUAGUUAUUAUUUUUUUUUAAUAUGAAUAUAGGUAUAACUAAACUGAAAUCUAUAUAAAAAAAAAAAAAAUCAUCCUAAAUAUUUUACUUUAAUUUCAAAAAAAGUGCUAAACACCAGUACACGACUAGACAGUUCUUAUUGAAUUUGUUAAUCAGCAACCGGAUUCAUUCCUAUUAGUUCAAUUUGAAGGUGAAGGAUCAGUAACUUUGGGUUGUUUUCGAACAUUGGCUGCUGGUUGCGGAAUUUGUGAUUGCAUUACAGAUUGUCUGUUACGGCUAGGUGGUGAAGAAAAUCUAUGUGGUACGCCCAUUACAUGAUUGGUUGAUUGAUGUGGUUGUUGUGAAGGAGGUGGUGAUGGCCUGCUAUUUGUUUGCCGUUGUUUGGUAUCUGGUACUAUUACCUUAGUCAAUGCUUGUGAUACCUGAGGUUGAGUUGCUGUAGAUAAUGGCGAUUGGUCUUUCUUGGCAUUUUUAGUUGCUGGCAUGGUUCCAUUUGGAGUUAACAUAGAUAAUAAUAAUUCUUGCAUAAAAAAACUGCGAUCAGCUCGAUCUACAUCCAAUUUCUGUUGUUCAGAUUCAGUUAAUGGAGCAUCAAUGUAUCUUUAAAAAUAGUGAUAAUUUUUUUAAAUAAUUUAUUAUAUUUAAUACCUAACAGUACCUAUAUAAACAAUUUUGUAUAUUAUAUAUAUAUUUUACAUACUUGAUUAGAAACUGCGAUGAAUUAUUACGUGUAGAUUGGUUUUGGCUAGAAUUUGAAUCUACAACUUGAAUAUUAAGUAAAUUUGAAGAUAUACCAGCAGCUUGUGUUGGCACUCCUGAUCCAACUACAUUAUUAUUUGCCAAUGAUGCUGCUGCAGCAGAUGAGCCAUGUCCUUGGCGACGAGGUAAACGUUCCAAUUGCUGUCUUGCAGCCUGUAAAUAAAACAUUUUAAUAAUAUAACAACAAUAUAAAAACAGAAUUUCCUUUUUGAACAAAACUUAAGUAUUAUUAUUUCUAUACAAUACCCUGACUUGUUGUCUUUCAAGCUGCAGCUGCAUCUGUAACUGUUGCAGCUGCGACGAAACGUUGUGAGUUCCUUGUGUGCUACUUGCCGAUGAUCCAGGCACACUAUUUGAUUGUGCUCUUCUAACUCCACUUAAUUGUGAUAAUAACUCUACAAUUGGAUCAUCUCUUGCUCCACCACUAGAA